GUAUUUUGUUGUUUUUUUUUGCACGAACAGAAGUUUGGGUUUGGCAUUAAGUAAUAAUUGGUGCACAUUUAUGUUAUUUCAAGCGUUUGUAGCCGACCUUAAACGUAGCCAUCAGUCAGAAACAUAUUACUGAAAUAAAUGCUGAACGUGCAGGAACAAAAUAAUACUAGUGUUUGCAUUGCAUUUUAGGCGCACAAUGUCUGGGAUUGCCAUAGCAAGAUUAGCGGAAGAAAGGAAGGCAUGGAGAAAGGACCACCCAUUUGGUUUUGUAGCAAGACCAGUUAAGAAUGCUGAUGGGAGCCUCAAUCUAAUGAGCUGGGAGUGUGCUAUACCUGGAAAGAAAUCGACUCCAUGGGAAGGCGGUCAGUACAGGCUCCGAAUGAUCUUCAAGGAUGAUUACCCAUCCAGUCCCCCAAAAUGCAAAUUUGAGCCACCUCUGUUCCAUCCAAAUGUUUACCCCUCAGGUACUGUGUGCCUGUCAUUGUUGGAUGAGGAGAAAGAUUGGCGCCCAGCAAUUACUAUUAAGCAGAUCCUUCUUGGAAUUCAAGAUCUUCUGAAUGAGCCUAAUAUUAAAGAUCCUGCCCAGGCAGAGGCUUACACCAUUUACUGGUGAGUAGCAAGGGUUGGUUGUAGGUAGU